AUGCCUCUCAUUAGAGCCAGAGAGAAGGCAAUUCAACGUGGAAUAAAGCACGAAGCGGUCAUUAGAAGGAUAGGAAGAAGAGUACAUAAAAGGUUCAGGUCAUGGUCACAACAGCGCACGAGGAAGUUCUGGCUUCCCGCAAAGGUUUCACUGCAUACGCCUCUGGAUUUGAUGGAUGGAUGGCUGCUAUCAGCAGCCGUGCAGAAGGCAGCGACGAUCAGGAAGCACGAUUUGAGACUCUGGCAUGGAUUUGGGAGUAGGAUGCUGGAGUUGUCUCACACGCUUACUGGACAGCAGCUAGGGUACAUUUACUACGGUUUUGGGAAGAGCAGAUUCUUAAAGCCCAGUUUAUACGAGGAUAUGAUGAAGUUCACUGAACCAAUGCUCUCGACUCUGAGCAGCCACAGUCUAAUGUGCGUAGCCUGGGCACUCAACAGAGUUCAAAUACGGAAUAAGGAGUUUUUGUCAAAGUACUCGUUGGAAGUAGGCUCAAGGAUCGAUGAUAUAAGAGCAACCGAUUUGAUUAAAAUUUGUAACUCAUUGUCUAAACUGGACGGGUAUAACAACUUUUUAAAGGAGAAGUUGUCUGAGAAAAUGAUAGAGAAGCUGGAGAGUCUCUACGCCCAGGAUUUUAGAAACGCAGUCAACCUAUUGUCAAUGAUUCACCUCUAUGACGAAAAGACGCAGGUUUAUAUUCUUUCAAGAUUCUCAAAGAUAUUCAUCUGUGCCAGGCCACAACACCUGCAACAGGCAUACUGCUCAGCUGUGGCCACGAAGGUUCUUUUCCAAAAGGUCUGGGCACAGCUGGAUAAGUCAGUCAAGUCAUUUUAUACACGUUUAAGUAUGCGAAAAAUACAACAGUGUCUGAGAAAGCCAUCUGAACUGCAGUGGGACGUUUCUAACACCCUCGCAAAGCUGGGAGUACAUCACAGGAACACGUUCUACUGGGGAUGCUUCUGGAUCGACAUAGGAGAAAUACAAGAAAAAUCAAACUGCUGGUUCAUAGACGGGCCAUCAUGUUUCUACACAUCCACGUCCAAAUACACAAAUAAGACUAAGCUGCAACACAGAGUCCUGAAUAACCUGGGAUGGAACAUAAGAAGAGUGCCCUGGUAUCGAUGGGUCGAACACAUGGGAGACUCACAGUCAAAAAUGGAAUACAUAAGUUCAGAAGAAACUGACGGUGUUUACAGGAAGUUAAGGGAUUCAGAAUCACUAGGAGAAUUUAUACAAGAUGACCAGCUUACGAGUCUGGAAGUGAAGGAGAAGCUGGAUAAGAUCAAGCAACAUUAUAAAACUACGGAGUCGAUUGAGUGA